AUGUCUUCAUCAGACGAAGGGUACGCUGACCCCUUUGCUGGCAUACAUGAGCCAUUUGCUGGCUUGAGUGAAAUGGAUUUUGAACUUCACGACAUUUACAUGGACCACGAACCAGAGGAAAAAUUUGUGUCCUCACUCGAUAAAUGUAAGGAUAUCUUCCUAAAUGUUCUAUUAAGUGAUGAAAACCUACGAAAUUCUAGUAUGGCAUAUGAAGUCAGAGCACAAGUGUACCAUGCUACUGAUUGGCAGAGUGAUGAAGAUGAACAGGAGGUAUUGAAAAACAACUAUAGAAUUCAUGACCCAACCAUCAAGUGGGACAAGAUGGUACCAAAGCUUGGUGACAUCUUUGAAUCCUCUGCCCAACUGAAGUUUGCUCACAUGAUUGAGGAAAGCACUAAAUGGAAUACCCGUAUAUGUCCAGCAGUGUUAAAGAAGAUGAAGCUUUUUGGGAAGAACAUGAGGUUUUGGUUAGUAAUUCAUAGUCAACAACAUGUGUUUGAAGCAAGGAGAGGAUGUGAUAGCUACAUGGUGGAUUUAGAUGGAAUGCAUUGUACCUGCAGGUUAUGGGAUUUGGCUGGGAUCCCAUGUGUUCAUGCCAUUGCAACCAUCAAAUAUAUCCAACAAACACCUGAUGAGUACAUUGAUCAAAUGUUUUCCAAGGAACAAUUCCUUAAGUGUUACUCUGCUAACAUUAGUCCAGUAAAUGGUUCAAAUCUAUGGCCUCAAACUGAAUUCAUAAAGCCCUUGCCACCAGUGUCAAGGAGAAUGCCUGGUAGGCCAAAGGUCAAUAGAAAGAGACAUGUAAGUGAAAAUGAUGGAAGAGUACACACCCCAAGAACUGUACGGUGUGGUAAGUGCUUUGAGUAUGGCCAUAACCAGAAGGGAUGCAAGAAUGCAACCAGGGAACCUGUCCCUAUGCCACCAAAGAAGAAAGGAAGGCCAAGGAAGGAGCAAUGUGAACCCAGUCAAGCAUCAUGUGAUAGGUCUGAGAGGCAGGAACCUGUCCCUAUGCCACCAAAGAAGAAAGGAAGGCCAAGGAAGGAACAAUUUGAACCCAGUCAAGCAUCAUGUGAUAGGUCUGAGAGGCAGGAAGCAGUUCCUAUGCUACCAAAGAAGAGAGGAAGGCCAAUGAAAAAGGUCCAAUCUGAUCCAAAUCAAGCAUCAGGUUCUACAUUUGUUAGAAGCAAAAAGAAGUUGGGGAUAAAAAUAGGUGGUGGCAUUGUUGAAGAUAGAGUUCUACUUGAUGAGCAUGAUGGUUUAGAUGGUCAUGUUGAAGGUAGGGGAUGUGAGGAACAAAUGAAAGAUUUGUUUGACAAAGAAGAUAUUGAUGAUGACAGUUUGGUUGAUAUGAUGUGCACUUUUGAAGCUUCUCUUAGCCAACCAAAGUAUAAUUAUCAGAAAGGUUAUGGAUUCCAAGAUGCAAUGGAUGCUAUUAUUCAAAGUAUUCAUCAUGCUAAUGAUGACAAAGGUGUUGAGGAUGUUGAACCUGACUUGACAAAAACACUUGAUGAGGUUGAAGAUGCAAUGGAUGCUAUUCUUAAAGGUACUGAUGAAAAAAGUCAAUCUAAGAAUAAGGGUAAUCCUGAACCUGAAUUCACUGAAGGAAAUGCAAGUGAUGUUCUCCCAGAGAUGGUGAUGCUAGAUCUAGAAAGUGUAGCAGGCCUACUUGGGGCAGGAUAUAGCAUGGCUGAAAUAGAGAGCAUGAGAGGGGUUCAAGUUGAAUUGGAUGAUAUGCCACCAGUUGAGAUGGAUGUGAAUGAAGUUGAGGAUAUUCCAUAUGUUGAUGGUGUGAUGGAAGGAAAUGAGGAUGAGGGUGAUGCUGAUGAUGCUGGUGAAGUAGCAGGUGAGGGUGAGGGUGAGGGUGAUGGUGAUGGUGCUGGUGAGGGUGAUGGUGCUGGUGAGGGUGAUAGAGAGGGUGAUGGUGGUGGUGAGGAUGAUGGAGAGGGUGAUGGUGAUAUUGAGGAUGAAGGUGAUGGUGCUGGUGAGGAUGAUGCAGCAGAUAUGGAGGGAAAUGAUGCUGAUGAUGAAGGGCAUGUACCACCUAGAAGGACAAGAAAGCCCUCAGAAAGGAUCAUCCUGCAGAAGCUGAAGAAACCUUGUUUUGACAAAUAUGGAAGGGGUUCCACAUCUAGCUAUCCAGUAGAUUUGGAGUAGUUACCUAGGUAUAUGGGGGAAAAAGUGGGGAUGGUAUCAUUGGGCAAUUGUAUAGGUAGCCCUUUUUGGUUAUUU